AUGGUUGCCCACAUGGGCACCUCCUAAAUAAGUCUCCAGAAUCUAUGCUUCAAAUACAAACCGAACAAAAGAAGAAGAAGAAGAAACAAGAACACAAACUUAUCUCUUUUUGUUAUCUCUUGUCUGAAUUAAAAAAUGGAUUCUACUUGGAAUGAUCAUCAAGAAUUGGAGCAAUUCGAAGCCAUUGAUGAUCUUCUCGAAGAUUUCUGGUUCUUUGAUAAUUUACUUGAUAGAAGAUCAAGGAUCUUGAGGUACUGUCACUCAGAUCCUUACCCUUUUUCUCCCUCAUCUUCUUCUUCUUCUUCAUCCACUUGUCCGAAACCCGAAAUCCCGAAAAUUGGAGAUUCGGAUUCGGAGACUAAGCUUCUAGAAGCUUCCACUGGGGGAGGCUCUGUUCCACCGCCGUGUAUAGAGAAAAAAGAAGGUGGAGGCGAGCCUGAGAAGAUAAAUAAGAUGAUGAGAAGGCAGUUCUCUGAGAAGGUUAGGGUUCAAGAACGAAGAACUUACUUGCAAAAGAAGGAACCUGUGGUUCGAGAAAAGGGAAUUAAAGAAGGUUCGAGGAAGAACAAAACAAGUAGUACUAGUAGUUGUAGUAACAAUAAUAGCUCGAUGGGAGGGGGGUUGCAGAGAACUCAGACAUUGCCGAGUUACAUAGGAAGAGAAGGCGAUGUAAAUGAGUUUCAAGAUCAAGAGAUUGAUGAUUCAAGAAUGGGAUUCUUGAUCCGUGAAGCCAUCGCUAGCUCUUCUUCUUCUUCUGGACUUACUCCAACGAAACACAACACUCCAAAGAUUUCAAGCAUUCCAAGGCAUAGACCACCGAGAAACUCGAGAUCAGAAGAGGCUAUUCAAGAAUUAGUCGUCAAAUCACAAAGAAGCCCAAAUCGCAAAACGCUGCGUAAAACGUUAAGCAGCAUCGAGACGAAAGAUAUUCAAAUGUUAAAGGAUUUGGACAUUGAAUUAGAGAAGAAGCAAGAAGAGGAACAGAGGAGUGUCCCACGCGCCACCGCGAAAACACGGUCUACAGCGGUCGUGGGACAGCCGAUUCCGGUAUGGGUUCCAAAGGAUUCGAGAAAAGACAUGAAAGCUCAAAUAAAGUUCUGGGCUCGAACUGUCGCAAGUAAUGUUCGACAAGAAUGCUGAUAUCAUUCGCUUUCAUUAACAAACAAAUUGCUUCUACUUCUACAUAUAAACAACACUCAUUUCAUAUUCUUUCGUUCCCCUUUUGUUCAAAAAAUAUUCAUCAAUCAUUUCUCCUACAAUAAGGAGAAAACAAAAACAUAACAAUGGGUUUUGUGA